AUGAGUAUUUCAUCAGCUGCGGGUCUGACCGCAAUGUCACUGUCGAUGACGGCCUUGUUUUCGUCGGCGAUUCCAAAUCUUCAUUCCUCUCCGGUGAUGGAAAUAUCACCAUCAAAGACACUUCAAAUUCAAAUUCUCUCUACCAAACAGCGACACUUCAAUAUCACCAUCACUGUCGAUGAUGGCCGGGUUUUCGUCGGCGAUUCCAAAUCUUCAUUCCUCUCCGGUGAUGGAAAUAUCACCAUCAAAGACACUUCAAAUUCAAAUUCUCUCUACCAAACAGCGCGUAUUUUCACAAGAACAUCCUCCUAUAAGUUCGAGAUCAACAGCAGUGAAACUCAUGUGGUACGCCUCCAUUUCUUUCCAUUCUCCUCUCAUGGCUACAAUCUCCCCUUUGCUGUUUUCGACGUUUCGGUUUCUGGGUUUUCUCUGUUUAGAGAUUUUAAGGGAGACAUGAAUAAAAAUGGUACAUUCAAGGAGUUCUUCAUCAAGAUAAAUAGUAGUAAGCUCGUAAUAUCGUUCUCUCCUUCUGAGAAGAUACCAGUGUCUUUUGCAUUUGUUAAUGCAAUUGAAGUAUUUUCAGCCCAGCUUGUCAGUCCCACGGGCAGUUUGAUACAAGUAUUAGAGACCGUCCAUCGAAUCAAUGUUGGUGGUCCAAAAAUCAGUGACUCCACUCUGUUGACAAGUUGGAUUUCUGAUGAUAAGUUCCUUACAUUACCUGUGGCGGCAAAGCCGGCCACUAAUAGCUCGCCGAUCAGGUAUGAGAAAGGAGUGAUUCCUGACAUCACUCCUCUGAGUGUUUAUCGCACCGCCCGACAAAUGAAUCGGGAUGAAACCUCAUCGUCACAGACUUUCAAUAUAACUUGGAGCUUUGGUGUGAGCUCUGGUUCAAAAUACCUUGUUCGGCUGCAUUUCUGUGACAUUGUUAGUGAAAAUCUGAAUGAGCUGUAUUUCCAUGUCUAUGUUGGAGAUUCUAUUGCAAUUAGAGAUUUCCAUCUCGGCGAUCAUGUCUCCCAGCUUGCUGCACCUUACUAUGCAGAAUUCAUCGCAAAUCCUGACAAAUCGAGCCACAUAAAUAUAAGCGUUGGUCCUUCAAAUAGAAUGCCAUUUCCGAAACAAAAUGUGAUACUAAAUGGGGUAGAGAUCAUGAUGAUAAAUGAUGGUCGGUCGGGGCUGGUUUCCAGGACCGAUUCGAAGAAACCAUCGAUUGGGUUUCUGGUCGGUUUGCCACUCGGAGGCUUUGUUUUCAUCUUGCUGCUUGUACUAGUUUUUGUGCUGGUGUUUAAACGCGGGAGGAAGACAACAACGAAGAAGAAACAGAAGGCCAGACCUAAGGAAAGUGUGAGGUGGUUGCCGAUAUCUCUACACGGAGGGAGUUCGCAUACUACAGCAACCGAAAGAACCAGUGCAUUACUUGGUCCGAAUAUAAAUCUUGGCCUGAAGAUAUCAUUUGCUGACAUCCAGCUUGCUACCAACAACUUCCAUGAAAAUUCUCUUAUCGGUUCGGGUGGAUUCGGAAAUGUCUAUAGGGGUAUUCUCAAGGAUGGUGCCAAAGUUGCAGUGAAGCGAGGAAAGCCCGGGUCUGGCCAAGGCUUUCCGGAGUUCGUGGCCGAGAUCAUGGUCCUAUCGAAAAUUCGACAUCGGCAUCUUGUUUCCUUAAUUGGGUAUUGCGAAGAACAGUCGGAGAUGAUACUAGUCUAUGAAUUCCUAGAAAAUGGGCCACUGAAAAACCAUCUCUACGGUUCGGAUUUUCCCUGCUUGUCAUGGAAGCAGAGGCUUCAGAUAUGUAUCGAUUCAGCACGGGGCCUUCACUACCUUCACACUGGGUCUGCACAUGGAAUCAUCCACCGCGACGUUAAAUCGGCGAACAUUCUGCUCGAUGAGAACUACUCGGCUAAGGUCGCUGAUUUCGGCCUUUCUAAGGCCGUCCCAUCUCUCGAUCAGUCCCACAUAACCACCAUCAUCAAAGGCAGCUUUGGGUACCUCGAUCCAGAGUAUUACAAAAGGCACCAUCUAACCGAUAAGUCGGAUGUGUAUUCUUUUGGUGUGGUCCUUCUUGAGAUCCUCUCUGCGCGGCCCGCUGUUGAUCAUUCAGUUUCGGGUGAUCAGGUGAAUUUAGCUGAGUGGGCCGUGGGAAUGCAAAAGAAAGGGCUGCUUGAGCAGAUCAUUGAUCCCAGACUCAUGGGUCAGAUCGAUCCUAACUCUUUGAAAAAAUUUGCAGAGACAGCAGAGAAGUGUUUGGCUGAGUAUGGUGUCGAUCGGCCGACAAUGGGAGAUGUGUUGUGGAGAUUGCAGUAUGCAUUGCAGCUUCAAGAGAUGGCAAUGCAUAGAGAAACACAUGAUGACAGUGCUAUGAAUGCAGUUGGGCUGCCAUUACCGAAUGUUCGACGUGUUCCUUCUAGUUGUGUAGAAGUAGAGAGAGAUAAUCCGUCCGUCCGGAGCUACGAGAGCUCGGAAGCGACGGCCAGCGGAGUUUUUUCACAGUUGUUUGGGAGUGAUGGGAGAUAGGUUGUUGCAGGGAGUGUGUUGCAUCAGUAUAGCUUCUCUUCCAUGAACAGACCUUGGAGGUACUGAUCUGGGUGGAAUUAUAGAUUCAUGAGUCCAUGCACGUGGAGUCCAUGGUUGGGUGAACCUAACCGUUGAUCUGAUGAGCCAAACUGUCGAUUAGGGAUUCCCGGGAAAUCUCCCUGAUUGGAAAAUCACAGCCCUACAAAUAAUAAAUCAGCUGUUAAUUUUAAAAAUACAGAUCACCUAAUAUGUUAAUUUUUUUUUAUUUUUUUUGGGUAUACGAAGUCUAAGGUGGGGCACCGUAUCAACGGUCUGGAUCACCAAACCAUGUACCCCAUAUGUACAUUUGCUUUGGUUUUAGAACCCUACCAAUCCUCUUGAUCUGGACUCUGGCGACCCAUGCAAUCUCUGUUAUUCUGUCAGCUGUUUGGCGGAUUAUUUUCGUUGAUCUAAUUUAGAAUAUGCAUUUUUAGCUAAUUAAAAGCCUUAUCCCGUAAUGUUUUACUUUUUUGGGGCUGAAGCUAGGGGCCUUUUGGCACCUUGUUUUUGAGGAGAUUUCGGAGGAUUCGAGGGAUUUUGCCUCAAAUCCAUCAUUUGGGGCUGUCCAU